AUGCCACAAUUAAACCCAGGCCCUUGAUUUGCAAUCUUAGUAUUUUCUUGACUAGUUUUCUUAACCAUUAUUCCAACUAAAAUCUUAAGCCACAUCUCACCAAAUGAACCAACCCCAGUAAGUGCUGAAAAACACAAAACUGAAUCCUGAGACUGACCAUGAUAG